ACAGUGGGCGGGCGGUAGCGCUCCGUGUUGUUGUGCUCGAAAAGGAGGACGGUCGUGUUUGAGUUCCGUCCAUUCAAAUUUACAAAAAUAUUCGAGUCUUGAUUUCUCCGUAUGAGUCUGCUGUUCGUUGCCGGUACCCGCGCCGUUUAAAAUGGGAAACCGGAGGCAUCGAAAACGGCCGGAGAGGAGAAACGAACGACAACGAAAACAAAACUCGGUGCAGGUCCUGAGAGGAGGAAGGGGGUUCGCCGGAUUAGGCGAAGUGCAGUUUGCCGGAGAGCUCGGCUCUUACAUAAAACACUGAGAGGACAGUCUCCAAACUCACCCCGGAGCACUUCUCACACAGCGAGAGAGCCUGACUUCGCACGGGAACCGACCUGAAGUCUCCAAGCGACGUCUAACCGUUUAAAACAUUCAGAAUUUAACGUUAAGUCUGUCGCUUAUCGUGUGAUCUGUCCGCGAGUGUUCAUAACAAACGGUAACCGCUAGCUUAGCUGAGUGAGUGAGUGAGUGAGAGGGAGACCUUUCGUCUUUUGAUUCAUAACGCGAACCGAGCGGUUCACAGCCACCUUUCAGCUGUUUGGUUGGCUUUUUCAUUCCGAUUUUACUUUUUAAACAGCUUUUAUUUUUUCGUUUGUUGUGUCUUUAAGUCGCCUAAAUGUGGAACGCUCGAGCGGUCGGGGCCUACGACACCCCUGACACGUUCAGCCCGUUGGUGGACUGUCAGAGUUUUGCCUACACGUAGUGUCUCAUGGCUUCAGCCGUGGUUUGCUGUUUGGCUAGUUUAGAUGUUAGAUUUCUCUCUAAGGUCCGUUCAAAUUCGGCUCAGAUGGGUCUCGGUAAGUCAACAGCAGCCGCGAGGUUAGGGUAGCGCUGGGCUUUAGGGAACCUGCCUGGCUUCUGUAGCUGCCAAACCAAAGACCUAGAAACUUUUAGACUUUCCUUUUUUCAAUUUGUUAGGACUCAAAUCUAAUUUAGGUACGAAAAUGGACGCCGGCCUCCAGCAGAGCCAUACCGAGCAUUUCGUUCAGCAGCACGAGCUGUCCACUCCGGGCAUUUGCCCUGAAAUGCUGGAAGUGGCCGAUGAGGCUUGCCGGGCGGGCGAUUUUGACCUGGCCGUGGAGAUCUACUCGUCGCAGCUGGCUGAGCUCCGGCAGCCUGACCGAGGCUUGUGCCUUCGGAAGGCGGACGCUCUGACCAGAGGUUGCCGCAUCUCCGAGGCGCUCGACUCGUACCGAGCCGCGGCGCAAGUUCGCCGGCUACGGCCUGACGAGCUCCGCCUGCUGGUGGAGAGCAUCGCCCGGGCCGUCCGACUCAAGGAGCUCGGCGAAGCCUGGAAGCCGAGCGGCAGCGCCGAUGACUCGGACGAAGAGGAGCAGCAACAGCCGCUUGACCUCUUCUCCUGCCGGCUGUGUAGGUGCUUACUAACCGACCCCACGACCUUGGAGUGCGGCCACACGUUCUGCAAGCGCUGCUUGGAAGACCCCGCGGUGAAGGACUGCAAGAGCUGCCGCUCUAAAACGACUAAAGUGAACGCCAGCAGCCUCAGGGCUAAUGUGGUUCUUAGCAGCUUGUUGGAAAAGUGGUUCGGAUCCGAGAGCAAGUCGAGGCGGUGCUGGCUAGAAGGGGAAAGCCUUUGGAAAAAACAGGAGCUCUCCAGCGCCCUGGAGAAGUACAACAAGGCGGUGGAACUGGCACCCUCUAUGUGUAAGCUGCUAGCACAGAGAGCUGGGCUGCAUAUGGACAUGAAGAACUUCAGCCAAGCGGUCCAGGACGGGGACAGCAUGUGCCGGCUCCGGCCAAUCUCGGCAAAGGCCCGCUACAUUAAGGCCAAGGCCUUUUGCAGUGCUGGUCGCAAGGAAGAGGCUUUGCAAGAGUACUUCUUUUGUGUAGCACUAAAACCAGACUGGAUGUCCGUCAAAAUGGAGGCACAGAAGGUCUUGUGUGAGAUGUUUUCUUCUGUUUUUGAGGAUGACGGUCUGGACACACCUUUACAUCCACUUCAGGCCACAGGCCCCGCCCCUCGCAUCAAACCUCUAUCUCUCCUUAGCUCACUUCACUCUUCUCUGCCAAGAGAUGGAGCAAGAGCUGGCUGCUCAAAGGACCUUGCAUUCAGUAGCAGUAAAGCAUGUGACAGUGGGAGCUCCUCAUCCUUAAACCAGCCUGAGCACAGCUUGGAUGACUCCAAGAGUCUGGCAGCUGUCCUCUCCUCACUGCCUGUACCUGCGGGUCUUAAAAGGAAGAGUCCUGGUGAUGCCAAUGCCUUUGGGCCCCCUAAUAAAGUUCUCAAACAAGAUCCAGCCUGUUCGUCUCAGACUUCUCCUGCCUUAAAUGGCUCAAGGGAGGUACCAACGCAGCUGUUGGACAGUUCAGACAUGGAGUGUUCUUUGUGCAUGAGGUUGUUUUAUGAGCCUGUCACCACCCCCUGUGGGCACACCUUCUGUCUCAAGUGUCUGGAGCGCUGCCUGGACCACAACUCCAACUGCCCACUGUGCAAGGAGAACCUUUCUGAAUAUCUGGCCACUAGAGGGUACAAUAAGACUUUUCUGAUGGAAGAGGUGCUACAGCGCUAUUUGAGUGAGGAGCUGGAGGAGCGCCGGAAAAUACACGAAGAAGAAAUGAAGGAACUUUCAAACUUGAAUGUGGAAGUGCCUAUCUUUGUCUGCACAAUGGCAUUUCCCACAAUCCCCUGCCCACUACACGUCUUUGAGCCUCGCUAUAGACUGAUGAUUCGCAGGGCUAUGGAAACGGGAACUAAGCAGUUUGGCAUGUGUAUUUCUGAUGAACUGAAAGGGUUUGCCGACUAUGGCUGCAUGCUGGAGGUGAGAGAUGUAAAGUUCUUCCCAGAUGGCCGCUCUGUGGUGGACACCAUCGGUGUGUCUCGCUUCAAAGUUCUCACUCACGGCCAGAGAGACGGCUACAACACUGCAAAGAUUGAAUAUUUGGAGGACAAGAAGGUUGAGGGGGAGGAGCUGACAGAGCUGUUAAAGCUGCAUGACUCUGUGUAUGAUCAGGCCACAGCCUGGUUCACCUCUCUCAAAGACAACAUGAAGAGCCAGAUCCUCAGCCACUUUGGCCAUCUGCCUGCCAAAGACCCUGACGCACAGGGAAACCCGAGUGGGCCAGCAUGGUGUUGGUGGCUGCUGGCCGUGUUGCCGUUGGAAAGCAGAGCUCAGCUUACCAUCCUGGCUAUGACCUCGUUGAAAGACCGGCUCAUCGCCAUCCGCCGGGUCCUCAUCUUCGUCACCCGCAAGCGCCCUCGAUGACCACAGCCUUCCUCGUAGCCACUGCCACCACCACAGUCAUCAUCCUCAUCAUUAUCGUGCUGCCCAGCAGCAUGAGCAACAGGUAGCAGGCCACUGAAGCGGCUUCCGUCGACUGUGGCUGUCCCAUACUCAGCCAUUUGUCUUUCACAGUAGGAAAACCGACGAGUCUUUCAUCAUUCGCCUAGUUUUUGAACCAAGUUUCACAACAGUGCACUGCUCCAGAAGUAAAGACUCUCCGGUAUGUGCUCUGCCUCUGCAAAAAGGCAAGAGCGACUGACUUUCUCCAACUCCAGUAGCUUCAGACAUUUAGUCUGCUGAACCAGAAGCACUACAACAGCUAAAACAAACAUUGUACAGAUUUCACCUCUGCUUUUGUGCCUCUUUUUGGUGUGUACGGCUGACCAAACGCUUCUCAUAGGCCUUCAGGCAUCUUUACUGGCCUAACAGCUUGUUUGUGUUUUUAAAAUCUGCAAUUUUGUACCACCCUAAAAAAAAGGCCCCAUUUUGCACAUUUCAGGUCUGAAAUCAUGCAAAACAUCAUUAGAAAACAGCUUUUGUAAUCCAUUAGUAAAAAUGGUCUUUUAGUUAUCCAUGUCACAGUGCAGUUUAAUCAAGACUGAAUUGGCAUAAUAGGGAACACAAAUCAUUGGCUUUUUGGUGAGCGUGUGGAAUAUAGAUAGUGUGAGAAAUUUUGGGAAAGAUUUGCCUUCCAUUUUUUAUUGAAACAUCUUAUUAAAGCCUGGCACGAUGCCAUUUUGGUAAAAUGGAAAUUAUAUACUGUUUGAAAAGGAAAACAAAAAAAAAUGGAAUGACUUUACACUUUAUUUACACUAAUUUAAAAUUGCACAUUGUACUCACAGUUAUGUUUAUGCAAUAUUAGUGGCUGAUUGAAUCAUAUUAGUCUCAUAUGGGAAUAAUCUCGCCUGUCAAAUGCAAUUUAAACUUGAAUUUGAAUGUUUAAAUUUAGGAAAUAGGCUUGUUGAAAUGAUGUCUGCGGUCAUUUUUUGUCAUGUACCAUCUCUGAAAGACAGUUGUUAUGCAUGUAUUGGUGUGAUGUAGGUGGCCAAAAAAAGCUAAUGAGGCCCAAGUUACCAUCAUCUGACAGACAAAAUGAUGUAUAAAGAUAUAGUGUGCAUUGGAAUUUUUCUAGUCACUAACUCCCUUGUGUAUUGUAUGAUGUAGUAUAUUUGUAUGGUGCACCUUUUUGUGGAUGGUUUGCCUGUUUGUCCAUGUUGGUUCAUCUGUGUACAGACAAAUUGGAGGCCUUUAAGUCAUCUUUACGUUUUUCAGCCGUGGCAGUUUUUCUUUUUUCUGUGAUGUACAAGACUCCCUUUGCGUGUGUUUUUUUUUUUAUUAUUUUAUUUUUUUUUCCAUGUACCAUCUCCUGUCGGUAACUACACAGAUGCUGCAUUUUUUUCAUGUAAAUUUGUACGUUAAGAUGAAAUUAAACUUAUUUUAUAUUUUAAAUCAAA